AUGCGGCCUGACCACGCCACCGAACACAGUCUCAGAACGCAGCAACGACCUUCGAUCAACGGCUUAUCUCUCAACGGCUCUUCUCCGCCAACCAACAGUUCCGUUAAGAGCGAAACAAACGGACAUUACACCAAUGGGCACACCGACAACGCAAUAGCAGUACAAAAUGAGGAACCCUUCUUUGGCCACGAUAGAGAAGAAGUCACACGAAUACUGCUGCAGAGUCUAAGCGAUUUGGGAUACCGAGGAGCUGCGGAACAGCUCUCACGAGAAAGUGGCUACGAGCUGGAGAUACCCAGCGUUGCUGCGUUUAGGACCGCAGUUUUGGGUGGGGAGUGGGAUGAAGCAGAGUCUCUGUUAUUUGGAACAGACUCAGCCGAGCUUGACGGAGGCGGAGUACUCGUUGGAAACGGGGACUCCCACAACGUAACAUGGCGGAAGAGCGGCGGGGCUCACAAUGGCACAUCAAGACAAGGACUCCCGCUGGCGGAAGGCGCCGAUGUCACAUAUUUGAGACUCUGCCUCCGACAGCAGAAGUAUCUCGAGCUGCUGGAACGCCGGGAUCUCACCUCAGCUCUGAUCGUUUUACGAUCGGAACUCACCCCUCUGAAAACCGAUGUCGGGCGUUUGCAUUUCCUCUCAAGCCUUGUGAUGUGUCCUUCGGCAUCAGAUCUUCGAGGCCGGGCUGAUUGGGAUGGCGUGGAAGGGCAAAGCCGAAGUGUUCUGCUCUCACAGAUAUCCAAGGCGAUCUCACCAUCCGUGAUGAUUCCUGAGCAUCGUCUUGCUACCUUACUGUCCAUGGUACAGGACGAGCAGAUAGAGAAUUGCCGGUAUCACAACACAACACUUCAGCCCAGUCUAUACACCGAUCACGAUUGCCUCGCGGAAGACUUUCCAUUACACACGAAACUCGAGCUGCGACAUCAUUCGGAUGAGGUAUGGCUGCUAGACUUCAGUCGCGACGGAUCUAUGCUUGCCACUGCCGGUAGGGACGGGCUGGUCUGCGUGUACGAGACUGGUAGAUGGAGCAUCCUGCAUGAAAUCCGCGAAUUUGAACGAAGUCGUCAGGGCAGUAGUGCGUCCAGCACAUCGAGCGAUGAACGAGGCAUCUGCUCAAUUGCAUUUUCACCCAACAAUCUCUACCUCAUAAUCUGCAGUAAGACCAGCGAAUUUGUGGUAGUCAACACCAGGAAUGGGAAGAGAGUCGCCCACGCAGACCACUUCGACUACUCCGUAACGGCGUGUGCAUGGCUUCCGGACUCCGAGCGUUUCGUCAUUGGCUCUCACGGCUCUGAAAGACCAUUGGGCCUGUACAGCCUCCGACCGGACGCUGGUCAACAGGGCGAAGGCCCAAAUGUCGUAAGGAAUUCUCAGAUCCAUUCCUGGCGGGAUCCUCCCUGGAACGCCYCAUUGGAGGAACAACCGCCUAGUUUUCGUAUCGCUGAUUGCACCGUCAACUCUGCUGGUACACGCAUGGCUGCAGCCACAAGCCACAAUAGGAUCAUGCUAUACUCUCUGGACCCAGCGCAGCAGUACUGCAAGAUUGCAGAAUGGAGCAUGGACGAUAAACUCAGCUCGACCAACUUCUCAAGUGACGGGGAACUACUGCUGGUCAACAUGAACGAGGGUCGAGUAGUAGCGCUGGACUCUGAAACCGGCGAGGUGGUGUGCAGGUAUGAAGGCGUGGUGCAAAAGGAGUAUGUCAUUCGAAGUGCAUUUGGAGGCGCGGGCGAAGGAUUUAUCAUUAGUGGCAGCGAGGACUCGAGAGUCUACAUUUGGCGGCGACAAACCGGAAUGCAGGUUGCUGCGCUGGACGCACAUGCUCCAGGGCCUGUCAAUGCGGUAGCUUGGCAUCCCACCAACCCGGCCAUAUUUGCGAGCGCUGGUGACGACCGCAGAGUGCGGAUAUGGUCAUCAUUAUCUGCCUCAGGGCGAAGACCUGAUUCUGUUUCUGAUAUAGCAGCGUUGGGCGGAGCAUCAAGGCCGCUCAGUGGUAUCAGCGAGCGAAGAUGA